AUGCUGCCUUUUGGCGUUGUUGUGGGUUCAGAAGAGGGAGUAGUGCUGGUGACUGUAGAUGGGGUGGACGUCACGGCAGAAGUUGAGGAGGUUGAGGUAGCGAUUUCUGAAGUACAUGUCCUAGAUGCGUCGAGAAUCAAUAGGUUUCUGACUCAAAUUUUACAACAGUCAAACUUACGAGUACAGUUCUCGAUGCCAUUCCCUUCAAAACCAGGUUUGCAUUUGCACUUGCCAUCAGCCAUACACUUAGCAUUACUGUGA